GUAUUAGUUCCGUGUAACACGCUCAUGGAAUUGUGUACAUACUGCGUGACAUAGUAGGGGUGUUAGAGAUGACUGCGGCAAUAAUUUCGCUUUUGAAUGUUCUCACGAAACCUAUUGCUGAGGUAUCUGCUCCUGAUGCAAAGUCCUCAAAGGAGGAGGCGUUUCAAGCGGCACUGCUAGCCAACAGAGAUGCUCUCCUGGAGCAGCUGCACAAUGACAACACCUUAAAGGAUGUGAGGAAGCUUAGAGAGGAAGUGAUGACAGGGGAAAGCUGGUUUUUAAAUGACACGGAGGAUAUGAUAUGGAGCUUUGUCCAGGAGUGUCUUCUGAUGCUCCUCACCUUAGCACGGCAGAUUUCUGCUGAUCUUCAACUUUUCAAACUGACACCUUCUAUCUCUAGAGCCAAACUACACACCCCUGAAAUGGCUCCACCAUUACCCCCAGAUGUCCUCAGUGUCACCCAACAGAAAACACUUGGCUCAGUUCUUCAGUUUGUGGUUUCGCUCGGGCUCUGCCCAUACUUGGCUCCAGGAGUGGGUGUACCACUGGGUCACAGGUCAGCAUUUGGCGCAAUGGUGGAAAAAAUGAUUUGUGGCCAAACAUCUUGUGUGGCGCACCACCGGCUUCUAACCACAACAAAAGUAUUGUUGCACUUGGCUGAACUGUCGUCUCUUGCCACACUGGUGUUCACCCGGCACCUUGGAGAUGUGAUGGCAGCGCUCUGUCAGCUUGGCUACCAGCCACAACAGUCCGAGGGGACCACCUCAAAGGAUGUUAAGGACCGCAGUCAAGAGGAACGUGGAACCUGCCAGGAAGCUCUCAAACACCUACUGGGAAAAGUCUAUCAACCAGUCGUAAUCAAGGAGCUCCUUAUCUUACAAGGUGGAGCCAAACAGCCUGGGUCAGUAAGAAGAUCCAGUGCUUCCAAAGACAGGACCGCUUCCAGCUGGCUAAGGAGACUAUGUGGUCAUUUGCUUUCUGAGCGUUUGAUGCAGCCAAAUGGGGUUCGGGCUGUAGUUAGAGCCAUCCUGGAGGGAGGAACAGGGGGUGAGUCAGACUGGAAGAAAUGUGAUGGUAUUGCCAGGAUCCUGGCAGCAUGCCCCCAGCAGUCUGCGUCAGCAGAUGCUUACUAUAAGCAAAUCUGUUCUCAGAUCCUUGAGCUCCUUCACCUUAAGGACAAACUCACAGCCCAACAGUUCCAGCGUGUGGCCACUAGCACGACUCUGUACUUGGUGCAAGAGAAACCCAAUUUUGCUGAGUCAUACUUGCUGGUUCCUCUGUUGGAUCCUCUCCACCGCUGCAUCACUGCUGCUGACAAUACCUGCCAAAUUGUUGUGGAGGAAUGGGAGCUGAUGCAAUGUGUGGAGGACAUCAACAAGAUCUGGGUGGUGGGCAACAGAUCGUCCACCCUCCUCCUCAAAACGUUAGAAGAGGUGCUUCCUGUUGUCUUUACAAUCUUCUGUUUCACCAAGCAGAACGUCUCCAACCUACGAGCGCCAUGUUGUGAAAUUUUGCUGUGGUAUAUCAGCCACGUUGAGACUUCAGCAGCCCUAUCAGUACUCAGGCAACUCUCAGGUCUUCAGGUCCAUUCUGAUGUAGCACCAGGCUUCCAUUUCACUCCUGGCAGCAGUGGUGGUGUCCAACUCAGUUGUAGAGACGGCUGCAGUGAUGAAGACAACACUUUGUAUGAGAAGCUGUCAGGGGAGCAGUGGCGGUUGGAGUGUCUAAUGAACCUGUUGGCUCAACUCAAAGACAACGAUCUGCCAGGAGACUUCUUCCUGGACUUGUUACAGGAGUUAACCAGGUGGACGACAGCAGGCGCUGAAGAGGAGGAGGAAGACAGACAGCAGUUAGACAUAUCGACAAUGACGCUCCUGGAGGUGGAGCAGCAGCAGCAGAGCCGUGUCGCAAGGCAAGGCCACAUGCUGGCUUUGCUUCAGGUUCUGGCUGUAAUGGUGGAGUCCUUGCCGCAUACGGUUCUGAUGAGAAAAAACAUACAGGUGGUUGGCUUUAUAGUAUCUCUGCUUCAGAGGGCCUCCGUGGGUCUGGAUCAGGCCAAAGUUCUAAGUAUUGGGAAUCCAAUAGAGAGCCAAACACUGACUAUGGGGAUGGGCCUGUUGGCUACUCUGCUCUCUGAACCCCAGCUCCCUGUGGAGGUCUACUCCUCUAUGUCAAGACUGCUCCAGCCACUAGGGAUUCUAACCCAGAAACAUCCAGACGUUUUCAUCCAAGAGCUCGCCUCAAACUUAAGAGCUGUCAUUGCUACCCAUGGUGCUUACCGACCAGAUAACCUCUCAAACAGUGCUGCUCCAGACCCCAAAGACAGUGUGAUGUCCCCCAAAAGCUAUGCACCCUGUAAAAACAAAGCAACAAACAACAUACACAUAAAUUCCAAUACCAGACAGCCAGCAUCCUUUGGGGACUCUGCAACAAGUGAAACGUCACCUCCCUCGAAGGGCCUUUCAGAUUUGCUUCUUGAGGCAUGUGAUCCGGACAUUCCCACCAAAGCAUUCGCGCUAAGGACUUUGACCCAAAAAGUACAAAGCAAAGACCCUGAGACUCUACAUGAUUUGGAAAAAGUCCUUAUUCUCUUUCUGGAAAACCUGGAAAAUGAGGACUCCUUCAUCUACCUGUCAGCUAUUCAAGGACUUGCUUCAUUGGCCGAUUCCUACCCUGAGAAGAUCCUGGAAAGACUCCUAAGAGACUUUCAACAUGGUCCUUCACACUCUACGUCCAACAUGGAGCACUCCUUGGAGUUUCGCCUAAAGAUGGGUGAAGUCCUUAUGAGGGCAAGCAGAGCUAUGGGUGAUUUAGCACCCCACUUGGGUCAUCCCUUGGUGGCUGUGUUCCUGAGAGGAACCAGGGACUCGGACCCAAGUGUCCGUGCCAGCAGUCUGUCCAACCUGGGGGAACUCUGCCAGAGAUUGGAGUAUGCUCUCGGUCCGCUGGCUGAAGAGCUGAGCUCCUGUCUGACGGCUUUGAUAAAGACGGAGAAGGAGGCAGAGGUGAGGCGAGCUGCUGUCCAUGUUAUUACGGUGCUGAUCCGAGGCCUUCGUCACAAGACCACUCAGGUCCUCAGCGAUGUUUUAUUGGACCUGUACCGAGCCCUAAAAUGGGUGGUUCGCUCUGACCCAGAUGAGGUUGCGGUACUCCAUGCCCAGCUUGCUCUGGAGGAGCUGGAUGCCGUUAUGAGAAGCCUCAUCUUCCCGAAGCAAAAGUUGGAGAAGAAGAUUGUUGUCCUGCCUUAAAAAAGGUAAUUUGCCAUCCAUCCCUGAAUGUUCCCAAUCGGAUUUAGAUCAGGGGAACACUCAGGAUGGCCCAAAAGGAGUGAGCUUAUUCCUCUAGAAGAAGUCCUUUUGUAAGGUGUGCAUUGUGAACUGCAGCAUUGUCCUGGUGAAUAAUCCAGUCAUUACCACACAAACGAGGGCCUUCAUUCAUGAGGGAUUCCCCCACCCCCUGCAAUAUCUCCACAUAGCCAUUUGACGCCCCUGAACAACCUGAACCUCCAUUGUUCCAUUGACGGAAAAAGCACUCCAGAUAUGAUGGCGGCUUCUCGACUGUGCCGUGUGGAAAACAAUCUCGGAUAGGAUCUCCUUGUAUAUAGUGCAUAUAAUUCAGAUUUGUAUUACCCUAUUUUUGCCCUUGUAUGCUUUGUACCAUAAACUGUACUUUUGCUGCUGUAAACCAGAAAUUUAAGGUAUAUCUUAUCCUGUCAUGCUAGUAACAUAACACCUUCUUAUUGGCCCAUUUUUGGUGCUCUUAUGCAAAUUCCAAACAGGCAAUUUUGUGCAUUGAAGGAAACAAGGUCUUUGACACGAACUACUGUAAGUACCGUAUUUUCUGCACUAUAAGUCGCUCCGGAGUAUAAGUCGCACAAGGCCAAAAAUGCAUAAUUAGGUAGAAAUAAAACAUACAUAAGUCGCACUGGCGUAUAAGUCGCACAAGGCCAAAAAUGCAUACCUAUGUAGAAAAAAACAUAUAUAAGUCGCACUGGAGUAUAAGUCGCACAAGGCCAAAAAUUGAUAAUUAGGUAGAAAAAAACGUACAUAAGUCGCACAAGGCCAAAAAUGCAUUUAGGGAGAAAAAACAUACAUAAGUCGCACUGGAGUAUAAGUCGCAUAUUUUCUGGUAAUUUAUUUUACAAACUACUUACAAAUCAGACAUUACGUCCUCUUGGAAGUCAAGUUCUAACAAUAAAAGAAUAGAGAACAGGCUGAAUAGGUGUAAGAUAUGCUAACACAAUGGUUAUUCAGCUACACAAAAAAUAAACAUGAACAGAAAAGGUGUCCAGUGUUUAUGUAAUAUAAAUUGUUUUUUCAUUUAUCAUAAGUCGCUCUGGAGUAUAAGUGGCAGGAACAGCCAACCUAUAAAAAAAGUGCGACUUAUAGUCCGGAAAAUACGGUAUAUCCAAGAUUCAUUUCUAUAGGUGGUGUGAUGAUAAGAUCCUGGGGGGUCUAUUUCAUGCUUAAGUAGAGGCCGACAGCACCGCGCUGAAUAAACAUACCCAAAUGACUUUUGGGGUUUUG